AUGAUUGAAGAUCCCGCAGACGAGAACUGCCACAUAUACCUGAACGCGAAAAACUGGCUAAAAGAAUUCGAACAUACAAAAAUACACGAAAAUGAUUUGAACGAAGUUCUUAUGAAUUUCUUCUGCGUCCAUAGGAUGUAUGAUGUUGCGAGUGAGUUUCAGAAGGAGGCCCGGGUAAAGCCUGAUAUGCCGAUAGACACAGUAAAAAUCCGUUACCAAAUUCAAAAUGAAAUUAUGAAUAACAAAAUUGAGGAGGCCAUAGAACAUAUAAAUAAUUUAGACGAGGGGAUUUUAAAGAAACAUAAAGACCUCGUUUUUUUCCUCAAGAAGCAACAACUAUUAAAAUUAAUUUUGAACAAUAACAUCAAUGAGGCGAUAUUAUAUUCGCAGAAGGAGCUAGCCCCAUACGUGAACGAGAAGCCAUCCCUAAUUAGCGAGAUCGACGAUGUCAUGAUGCUCAUGGCAUACCAAGACCUCAACAGCGAGGAGGCCAAAAAGUUAAUCCAAAAAAUAGAAAAGAAGAAAAACACCCUAAAAAGAAUUGAUGACAUCAUCUUAAGUUACUACAACGUUGACAGUGAAAGUACACUGGAAUAUAUCGUGAAGAAUAUCUUCUUCACUCAGAAUGUGUUGAGUUCGAAGUACCCCUGCAGCAUCCCCAAACUGAAGAACCUGAAGACUGGCUACAUCGAGUAUUACGAAAAGCAGAAAAGGAGAAAGAAGAAAAACUCCAGCAGAAAAGCUACACACAAGAGCAAGUCCAAGGAUAAAAUUUUCGAUGACAAAACUGCAGAAGACACAGUGAAGGAUUUUGAGGUGACGAAGGAGGAUGAUUAUCGUUCCGUUUAG